AUGACAGAAUCAACAUCAUCGUCGUCUUUACCCAUCGAGCUAACAACAGCGAUACUCUUAAAGCUACCUGCGGAAUCUGUUGUGAGGUCUCGUUACGUCUCGAAGCACUGGUCAUCAAUCACCACCGACACUUACUUCACCAAUACGUUCGAGACUCGCUCCUCAGCACGGCCAAGUCUUCUAAUGUUCUUCAAAAACAAGGACAAAGUGUUCGUCUUCUCGUUUCCGCAGCACGAUAAGAAUACAAAGCCUCAUUCGUAUUCUUAUCAUGUGGACAGUUACCAUAUGAAAUACCCCACAGGCUGCAACUUCUCGGUCAGCGAGUCAGUCCACGGCUUGAUCUGCUUUCGAAAAUUAGCAAACCCCGUGAUUUGGAACCCUAGCACGAGACAGUUCUUAACCUUAACCAAACCCAUAGAGGAGUUCCGGUAUGGUUUAAUAGUCUUUCUAGGAUACGAUCCAAUCGAGGGUAAACACAAAGUUGUGUGCAUGCCGGCUAGUGAGGCCUCUGACGAGUGUCGGGUUUUAACAUUGGGAUCAGCUGAAAAAUCAUGGAGAACGGUUAAAACCAAUUACAAGCAUCGUGCUUAUUACCGUAGUUCAGGGCGAUGCAUCAACGGUGUUCUAUAUUAUAAUGCCUCCUAUCUUGAUGAAGAUUCCGAUAUUUUCGUAGUAAUGAGUUUUGAUGUCAGAACUGAAAAGUUUGAUAUGAUAAGAUUCCCAUUCGAAGAUUUUUGGGGUAACCUGAUAACUUAUAAGGGAAGGUUAGCUUGUCUUGAUAGUACUAAUCUCAUGGAAAACGAUGAUGGUGUCACAAUGUGGAUUUUGAUGGAUGCAGAGCAAAGUCAAUGGUCGUGUAAACAUUUUCUUACACCUUUUACUCGGCGUUUGAAAAAAGUUUACAAAAUCUAUUGUGUCACGGAUGCUGGUGAGUUUAUUUAUGUCAUACGCACGUUUCUUAAAUCGUUUGUUAUUUUAUAUUUUGAUCCGGAGAGAAAUAGCUUGAGACGAGUCGAGUUUAAAGGAAUCGCGGACGAGGACUUUAGGUUUAAGAAUGGACUUGGAAACAAACGUCUGUGUACGCUCUUUUCUUUCCCCAAUCACGUCGAGACUCUCAUGUCUUUGUAA